CGGUUCGGCCCCACGUCAUCGAUAGGCCUCCAGUCUAGAAACGACAAUGGGCAUUGUUUGGCAGCCUGGCAGGCCUAUAUAGUCAAGGUACGAACAUAAACCCGAGAAUAUGGCCGACGAGAAAAAAGAACAGGUGAAGCGUGUGGCUGCUGAGAAUGGAAUUGCUAAUCCUUCGGGUGCGAUGAUCGCGGCUUUUGCGCCCAUGUAUCUCGCUGCCAUACCUCUUACCUCCUUCCUCACAAAGCCGGACAGCGUCACGCAAUCUCUGGUUCACGCGCUCAUCAAGUUGAUUCCAGGAGUUACAACAACAGCUAUAACAUCCGGUCGCGCAAUCCCCGCCCUCUCAGCUCUAUACAUAUUCUGGACCUUCGGCGCAUCGGGCGCGCUCUCCGCAGCAGGACAAGCCAUGGGCCGAGAAGAGGGUCUCGACCUAGAACAUUCGAGGAAGCAUAUUCACAAGCUCGACGGACUGCCGCUGAGGCUAAGGAGUGCGCAUUAUGCGCUUAUGGAGAACUUCCCUGGCUUCGCCCUUGCUGCCGCGCUGGCGCAGGUCCUUGCACCUCGAGAUGCACAGAUCGUGAACCUGCUAGGCUACCAUGUCAUUGCAAAGUUGCUCGUGCAUUACCCGUCUUACCUGAGCAACGUGGCUCUGCCGAGGACUGCUGCCCAUGUUACUGCCACGGCGGCCCUGAUCAACAUUUGCUGGAGGCUGGCUGCUGGCAACUAGAAUGGUAGCGCAUGAAGUAUGACUUUUAAGAUACAUGUGGCAAAGAAACUUCGAAGUCGUGUUGAUUAGGUAGACACCGUUACUAUCUGGAACUAUCCAAGACGUGUUAGUCUACACGCGUCCAUCUUGUCUAUGUAAGGAAGCUCAUCUUGCCA